UAUGUCAAAAAGUAUUAUUUACACAUCUAUAUAACAUUUUUUUGUGCAAAGCGGUGUUAGAUGACACCUCUUAUCAAAGCUAGAGUAUCUCCGCCUAUAAAACCAUAGCUUAAGUUCCAAAGUCCGCCUAUAAAAUACCUGUUUGAUGUUACGCUAUUAAGUCUUAAGUUGGCCAAAGUAAGAAACAAUAUGUCCGAAUCUAACUUUGAAUCCUACCCUCCAUUAUUUCGACCACCACCAAACAGCCCAUUUCAAGAAUCUAACUCUGAUAAAACAGAGCCACUUUUAUUGGACGCUGCCAUCCCUGUCAUUGACUAUUUCAAAUGCACCACCACGACGACAACAAAUCAAGAAGUUGUUGAGGACGAUGAAAAGAUUAUUUGUCGAAAUUUAAUCAGUGAAGUUUGUAGAGAUUGGGGAUUAUUUCGUUUAGUGAACCAUGGAAUUCCAGUUACCUUAUUGAACCAAAUUCAAGAACAUGCUAACAAGCUCUUUUCGUUGCCCUAUGAAACUAAAAAAGCCUUAUUUUCCAGUAGUACUAGCAGCAAUAUUAUUGGUCCUAUAUCGUAUUUUUGGGGUACACCUGCUCUAACACCCUCUGGCGCCGCCCUAGCAAAACAAAGAGGUCCAAAAGAAAAUAACCAGAGCCUACAAUGGAUGGAAGGAUUCAAUGUUUCAUUAUCUCAAUUGUCUCAUAUUCACUACCAAGAUUUAUUGCUCGAAACUUUCAGAUGCUUGCUAGAAGAAUAUGGGAAGGAGCAGGCUAGGCUGGCUACAGAAAUAUUCAAGGUUUUGGGAUCAGACCUAAACUUGGGACCAUUACAGUCCCAGUCUUAUCUCUCAAUAGCCACUGGUUUAUUAAGAAUCUAUCGUUACCCUAUAUGCCUCGAGCCAGAAAGAACGUGGGGCAUUGACGUACACACAGAUAGCUCAGUCCUCUCCAUAAUACACCAAGAUCAAGUUGGAGGCCUUCAAGUUUACAAAGAUCAUCAAUGGCUCGAUGUCAAGCCCCUUUCCAAUACCCUAAUCGUCAAUAUUGGUGACAUGUUGCAGGCAAUGAGUGACGACAGCUUUAUGAGUGUGAAGCAUAGAGUGAAGGUGAACAAACACGAGGAGAGAAUAUCAAUUGGUUAUUUUGUGUUCCCUGCUGAAGAUGCUAUCAUUCAAAGCACAAAGUACAAGCCCUUCACUUACGCAGAUUUUCGAGCACAAGUGCAACAUGAUUUGAAGACAGUAGGUCUCAAGACUGGUCUCCAAAAAUAUAGAUUUACUGAUUAAGAACCUGUUUGGAUAGGCUUAUUUUAGGUGCUUUUAAUUCAAAAUAGUUUUUAAUCACUUUUGUAGUGUUUGGGUACAAUAAUUUUUCUGUGGACUUCCGGAAAUCUGUUUCAUGUAGCUUGGCAAGGAAAUUUUGAGUCGUGAGUACAGGACCCUUUACAUGUAAGACCUAUUGCUCAUGCAAUUUGGGAUCCUCAUUUUGGUCAACCGGCCGUGGAAGGUGCUCUUGGCCCAGUGAAUAUUGUUUA